AUGUCGAACGCAAAUGUGGGAAACAUCUACAACACGAUCAUCCAAGAUGUGAUGGAGGCAUCGCGGGUUGAUUUCGAGGAAGGCGGCAUUGAGGAGAGCGUCCUAGAGGAACUUAAGAAGGGCUGGCAGAAGAGACUCACUCAACAGCAACUAGCGGUGUUCCCGUGGGAUCCUAAGCCUGAGCCCAUACCCACCCCUGCUGCUAGUGCUCCAGCGCCCCAGCUGGUCCCUGUACAGGUACAGACCCCUACCCAGGCUCCUCACAAUGGAGCUGCCUAUAGCCAGCCGCAGCAGCCUGCUGCCCUUGGACUCACCAUGCCGAUGCCUGGCGGCCACCCCACGGGCAAUACUUACAUCAAGUCUGAGCCUGGUGUGAAGAUCGAGCCUGGCCUGGAAGGAACACCUGCAAUGUCCCAGGGUGCCGGACAGGCCAUCGCCCAGGAGCGUGUCAUCGCUCAGCUACAGAACCAAUAUGGCGAACGAGCUGCCGCGUCGAUCAACAAGGUGAGAAGGCAGCCCGUGAACGCCACUCAACAGCAAGGCCAGCAGAGACCUGUGAACCAGUCGAUGCCCCAGCAGUACCCUGGGCAGUACCAAGGCAGUCCGCCCCAGCAGAACAGACAAGCCAUGUACCCCACCCCCCAACAGCAACAGCAGCAACAGAUACAGCAGCAACAGCAGCAGCAGCGUCCCCAGAUGGCGAACGGACAGCGACCGCCGCCUUCGCAGCAAGACGGCGCUGGAGAUGCGGAUGGUCACGUCGGUGUGCUUUACCGCCAGGGCGCGGCUGGCGAGAAUACCGAGAUGGGCCGCAUCGAGAUAGACCAGCUUCUCCAUGCGCAAAUUGCGGCUCGGGCAAAGGCCAUGGAGGGCGGUGGGGUUAUGGUGCCCCUCAAAAAACGUUCUUGCAAGAACAAGGCCGUCUCUCAUCACAGCAAGCCUGCCGGCAGUGGCGGUCCCUCUCGAUUUGACGGGCUGGAUGAUGAUCUCAAGGAGGAAGAGGAAGACGAGGAUGCUAUCAAUUCGGACCUGGAUGACCCCGAAGACAACUACGAGGAAGAUGACGAGGACGAUGAUGCUGGCGAAAUCAUGCUUUGCAUGUAUGACAAGGUGCAACGGGUCAAGAACAAGUGGAAGUGCGUCCUCAAGGAUGGAGUUCUCAACGUCAAUGGAAAGGACUACGUCUUCCACAAGGCUACCGGCGAAUACGAAUGGUAG